CAUAUAACCUAGAAGUAGAAGACACGCUACUGCAGUGAAUAAGCAUUUUAGUUCAUUCGUCGUAGUUUUAAGACGCCACUAUAUACCUAAAGGUUUACUUCCAAAGAAAAGUAUUUUUGACUUUAGGGCGUACACAAACCGAAAAGUUUACUUUAUGCGACAAACAAUGAUGAAGAUCUUUCUGGAGGGCGUGGAAAAGUUUGUUGUUAUCACGUGAUAGACCUCUAAUGUUUGAUAAACUAUUUCUUUCUUAAGCUCCAGUUCUUUGGUUCGACGUUCAAAGGAUAUUCACAAAUAAUGCCUCAACCUAAAUACAGAAAGAUUGCUGUAUUAGGGUAUCGAUCUGUUGGAAAAUCCUCCCUCACGAUACAGUUUGUAGAAGGACAAUUUGUAGAUUCCUAUGACCCUACUAUUGAAAACACUUUUAAUAAAAUGGUGUCUGUGAAUGGCCAGGAUUUUAAUCUCCAGUUGGUUGACACAGCUGGACAGGAUGAGUAUUCCAUUUUCCCCCAGUCUCAUUCUAUGGAUAUUCAUGGUUACGUUCUGGUGUAUUCUGUCACUUCAAUGAAAAGUUUUGAAGUUGUGCAGGUUCUACAUGACAAGCUUCUUGAUAUGGUUGGAAAGAUACAGGUACCUACUGUUCUAGUUGGAAACAAAAAAGACCUUCACAUGGAAAGAGUGAUUAAACCAGAAGAGGGCAAGAAGCUUGCUGAUUCUUGGGGUGCCGCUUUUAUGGAGUCAUCUGCUAAGGAAAAUCAGACAGCUGUAGAGGUUUUCAAGAGGAUUAUUCUGGAAAUGGAAAAAGUUGAUGGAAAUGCCCCAUCAGAGGAGAAGAAGUGUGCUGUGAUGUAAGGCAUGCAGUAAACUCACAUGCUGAAGUUAAGAGACACAUCACCGUGCCAUUAAUUAUAAUGGAGCAGUUCGGUAACAGGUCCUCUCCUGAUUAAUUAUUUCCAAAUGCAGUCAAGUUUUUAAGCAAAUCAGUACUGUUCAAAACCAAUGUCAACCAACUUUCUUUCAAUAUUUAGUAUUGGGAAUUCAAUAUUAAUGCUAUAUGAAGCUAAAAUGACUGUAAAAGUACUUUGGGAAUUCAAUAUUAAUGCUAUAUGAGGCAAAAAUUACUGUAAAAGUACUGUAAAAAUGACUGUUUAUUUAAAAUCUCCAAAUCUCUUUUACUUUAAGCUUUGUUGACUGACAUUUAAUGUUUAAUCUGACAGGUACUAACCUGUCUGCAAACUACGGUCUCAGAUUAUCUCAGCAGUGCACAGUUGCUCUUAUUUGGAAUUUGUUUUAGUUUUUUUGCUCUCCCUCUGACAACUAUUUACUAAUUUUACUUAUCUUGAGUAACCAGCAGAAUUAAAAUGUGUAUCAGUAGUCCAUUUGAAUUGAGUUUUUACAGAGACUGUCAUUGAGACUGCACAUAUUAACAACUCAGUGCUGUGCUCCUCCUUUCCUCUUCCUAGUGGAGUAUGUGAACAGUGUGGGUGUGUAUAUAUAAGAUGAUGCAAACAACAUCCUAAAAGAUCCACUGUUCACACUGUUGGUUUUAUACACAAUCAAGUGACUACAAGAACUGUAUUCUUUCUAAACCUUCAGUAUAAAGUAAAUAUUAGAUCUUUAAAACUUUGUUAGAAUUCUAUUUGUGAGAUUUCGCUUCUUCUUUUUUUCAUUUGUUGGAAUUGUUUUGCUUUUGAUUCAGCUUGGUUACCUGUAACGAUGCCCUACACCCAUUUUAUUCAUGCCACUGUCAGCAUAAACUAUUGUGGCAUAUAAAAGUGUGUGUGAGAAAAAUACACCGUUUUAGUAUAUGAUGCUGAACUUCAUACAGACCAUUUGCCGUUUGUGAGGGCAUAGUCUAAUAUUUACAUAGUUACCAAGGACCAGUCAAUUCAUGAUCAGCAGUUUCCCCCUGUGGAGUCGUAUAAACUUAAACUUCAUUUAAAAGCAGGGUCACAAACAAUACCUCUGUAGAGCCGUUACAACUGAUAAUACACCGGCUACCAAAAAAUUUUUUUCCAAUGCAGUUGUAGUAUCCUCCCUGCUUCCUAUUUAGUAACCCCUUAGUGAUAUUAAA